AUGAAAAAAGUGCAAAAUUCAGGCGAGAGUGCAAAUACAAUAGGCGAGAAAGUAGGGCGAAAGAUGCAAAAAUACAAGUUGGUAUUCAGGCGAAAGAUGCAAAUACAAGGCGUCAAUCCAGGCGAAAGAUGCAAAAAUACAGUUGGUCAUUCAGGCGAGAGGCAAUACAAUCGGGCGAAAGUAGGCAAGUGGGCAGUGAUGGCCGGGAAAAAGAUAAUAAGUUGGUCAGAGGAAAAGACAAAGAAAGAUGCAAAUACAAUGAAGCGGUCAUCAGGCGUAAGAAAGAGAAUUCGGGCGAAAGAUGCAAAAUAUAGGUCGAGAGGUCAGGCGAGAGGAGGAAAAGACAAAGGAUUCGGGCGAACAGAAGGGAAAAAUACAGAGUUGUCAGGCGAUGCAAAUACAAUUACAGGCGCCAAUUCAGGCGAUACAACACCAGGCUUCGCCCGGCGAGACAGUCAAUUACAGGCGGCUUCUUCAGCUCAGACCCAGGCUGCGCCUGAGUCUUCGGCCUGA